CAAGCCACUAACAGCCAAAAUCUUGCUACAUCCACAAUCCGUCGCGAGAUGGCAGAUGGAUCUCAGGAAAGUGUGCCUCGGCGGCUAGUGGUGUUGAUCUCGGGAUCUGGUACCAAUCUACAAGCGAUCAUAGAUGCUCUGAACACCCCUUCCCUCCCGAAUGCCCAAAUCGUCUGCGUGCUCUCGAACCGCAAGGCCGCGUAUGGCCUCACGCGCGCGACGAACGCGGGUAUCCCGACGCAGUACCUCGCACUGCAGCCGUACCUCAAAGCGAACCCCGGAAAGUCAAGGGAAGACUACGACAUCGAGGUCGCCCGCAUUGUCGUGCGCCAAAAGCCCGACGCGGUCGUCCUCGCGGGGUGGAUGCACGUCCUAAGCGAAGGGUUCCUCGACGUUCUUGGUGGAGCACGCGUCUUGGAUGGCGAAGAGAAGGUCGAGAAGCCAAUUCCGGUGAUCAACCUCCAUCCUGCGCUGCCUGGUGCUUUCGACGGCGCGAGCGCAAUCGAGCGUGCAUACGAGGCGUUUCAUAGGGGCGAGAUUGAGCAUUCGGGGGUGAUGGUGCACCGUGUGGUGAAGGAGGUGGAUCGGGGCGAGCCGCUGAUUGUCAGGACGGUGGAGAUCAAGAAGGGUGAGCCUAUAGAAGCAUUUGAGGAGAGGUUGCAUCAGGUGGAGUGGGAGAUCAUCGUUGAAGGGGCGAAUAAAGUGCUCGAUGAGGCUGUGCCUUCAUCGUAAUGUUGCUCUUUGUAAGACAGACUUACAAUUUCACUCUGCUCGUUCAGAACUAGUAGUCCAUGCUUCCUAAAAAGAUUGCAGACGCUUUGCAUUAUAUAUGUCAAUAUUGAAUAGGAG